CGCCCCUCCUGCCGGCCUUUGGAGGAAAGUGAAAGUGAAAGGGGGAAAGGCGGCUUCGGAGCUGAGAAGAUCGCGGCGCCAUGAAGCCUGUGUCCCUGCUCCUCGCUGUGGCUCUGGGCACGGCGACCGUCGUCUCGGCGGGACCCGCAGUGAUAGAGUGCUGGUUCGUGGAGGAUGCGGGCGGGGGCCGGUUGUCCAAGAAACCCUCUGCACUGCUGCUGCGCCAGAGCUCGGAGAGCCCACCUCCCCGGCCGGACCUCGACCCAGAGCGCUACCUCAAAGUGCAUGACCCCGCGGGCACCCUCCUAGCCGCCUUCAGGCGAUACCCGCGGGACGCCCCCGCGCCACGCUGCGAAAUGAGCCACUACGUCCCGCUUCCUGCCUCGGCGAUCUGGGUCAGCGGCUUGACCCCGGAGCAGAGCUGCCCGCGGGCCCUGGAUGGGAGGUGGCUCAUGGUCAGCAUGUCCAGCCCGGUCCUCAGCCUCUCCAGCCUCCUUCGACCACAGUCCGAGCCUCAGCCGGAGCCUGCCCUCAUCACCGUGGCAACAGCUGUGCUGACCGUCCUCACUCACACCCCCGCCCCUCGCGUCCGAAUCGGACAAGAUGCCCUGCUGGACCUGAGCUUCGCCUACACGCCCCCCACCCCCAAGGCUGCUACCUCUCUGGCCCCAGGUCCCCCUCCCUUUGGGCUGGAAUGGCGACGCCAGCACCUGGGUAAGGGGCACCUGAUGCUGGCUGCGACCCCUGGGCUGAGUGGGCCGAUGCCAGCUGCCCGAGAGGGGGCGGUGGCAUUUGCUGGUUGGGAUGACGAUGAGCCCUUGGGGCCGUGGACCGGAAAUGGGACCUUCUGGCUGCCUGCAGUGCAGCCCUUCCAGGAGGGCACCUAUCUGGCUACUGUACACCUGCCGUACCUACAAGGGCAGACCACCCUGGAGCUUGCCGUACAGAAGCCCCCCAAGGUGACCCUGACACCAGCACCUCUUACAUGGGCUGCCCCCGGGGAGGCACCCCCGGAGCUGCUCUGCCUCGUGUCCCACUUCUACCCCUCUGAGGGCCUGGAGGUGGAGUGGGAGCUCUGGGGUGGCCCAGAGGGUCGCUUUCAGAAGGCCGAGGGGCAGAGGUGGCUCUCCGCCCUAAGCCAUCACUCAGAUGGCUCCGUGAGCCUCUCUGCACACCUGCAGCCGCCCCCGGUCACCACCGGGCAGCAUGGGGCACGCUAUGCCUGUCGUGUCCACCACCCCAGCCUGCCCGCCUUGGGGCGCAGCGCCGAGGUAACCCUGCAGGUAGCUGGUCUCUCUGGGCCCUCUCUGGAGGAUGGCGUAGGCCUCUUCCUGUCUGCCUUUCUCCUCCUUGGGCUCAUCAACAUGCUGGGCUGGGCCGGUGAGUCUGCCUACCUGGCAACUUCCAAGGAUUCAGUGGAAAAGAAAACACAGUGAGGCCAACUCACCACCAUCCUGGGGAAGCCACCAUCAUCUCUGGUCUGAGCCACUGUAGUAACUCCCCCAAAUUGUAUACCCUUGGUUCCUGCACCCUCCAGUCUCUCUCCAGUGAGCAGCUGCUUUCUGAAAAGACAAAAGCCAUUGACCUUCUUAGGGCUCUAGAGCAGCAGUUCUCAAAAUUUUUGUUCUCAGGACCUCUUAAAAAUCAUCAAGGACCCUGCAGAGCUUUUGCUUAUGUGGGUUAUAAACUAUAGAUAUUUAUUGUACUAGAACUUAAAACUGAGAACAAUUUAAUACACAGGAAGACACAAGCACACGUUCCAUUAGCUGUGGGGACGAUGUCAAUACACGUCAUGUAGCUUCAGGAAAACACUGUACGUUUUUUAGAGAAUGAGAAUGAAAAGGCAAAUAACAGUUUGGGAUUGUUAUGAAAAUAGGCCAAACUUCGCAUACCCCCUGAAAUAGUCUCAGGGACCUCUGGGACAGAAACGGGUGCUCGAGAGGCAAAAUCCAUUCUUCUUGUCCUGGCUUGUGUAUCCCUGCGCUCCAGCCACUGCUUACCUCUUCAAGCCCGCCUCGUGCUCUCUCCGUCCGGCCCUCUUCUCAAUGCUUAUCACACCUACGGCUGAUCCUUUUCUUCAAUAGCCUCCCACCCUCCCUGCGUCCCAGAGCGCUGUUCCCUCUGCCUGGUCCACCCUCGCCCUUCCUGGGCUCCAGACCAGGUCAGCCUUGUCAUUCCCUCAGAUCGCCGCGUGUCCCUCUUGUGCAGUUCACCACGGUUGUAUUUAAGUGAUUGUGCGAGUCGUUGUUAAAUGCUUGUCUCCCUGCCCGGACUGUCGUCUCCUCGAAGGCGAGGAUGAGCCUGUCCGUCCCCUGGUGUAUCCCCCGCGCCGGCACAGGGCCUGGCGCCCGCUGGAGGGCGCUCAAUAUAAGAAGUUAGUCUUUUUGCGUCCUAAGAAUUCAAAAGCAGGUGUUGGAUCAAAUAACUAUUGGAGGAAGGAAGCAGCGGCUCGGCUUAGGGACCUCCGAAGGUCGGGACGGUCGGCCAGACUGACGCGGGGAGCGGGUCUAAUCGUAUGGGAAUAAACUUGUUCAGUGCUUCCAAA